AUGUUUACAUAUGAAAUUCGUCGAAUUAAUUUCGAUGGUACUAAUGAAACUGUUUUCUAUGGUGAUGAUGAAAUAUUAGUUGGUAUGGAAGCUGGUACAAUGCAAAUUGAUGCUGUUGGACGUAAUCUAUUUAUUGCUAAUAUUCGUCAUAGUCGAAUUGAUGCAAUAUCUUUAAAUGGUCUCUAUCAUACAAUAGUAUAUAGUAAUCAUGAAAAUGCUACAGGUAUAAUACGACCUAUAGCACUUGAUCUUGAUACAACAAAUGGUUUUGUUUAUUGGAUUGAUCUUGGUAGUGAUCAAAUUCCAAUGAAAAUAGGUCGUGUUCGUUUUGAUGGAAAAUAUUCUGAAAAUAUCAUUGUUGAUAAUCUUUUACAACCAAAUUAUAUUGUUUAUAAUCUUAAUCUUCAUUGUAUAUUUUGGAGUGAUUUUGGUUUACAAAGAAUUUCAUAUCAUUGUAUGGAUUCAGGUGAUACAAAAGUACUUGAUGUUGAAGUAAAUCAUCCACGUGGUUUUGAUUUUCUUACACAUUUAUAUUCUUCAACAUCAUCAAGACCAACUAAUGAAAAUGAUGAUGUAACAUUAACACAUUAUUCAUUAUUUUUUGUUGAUAAAGAAUAUGAAGGUGUUUAUAAAAAAUGGUUUGAUUAUCGUUUAAAUCCUAUAUCAGAUAUUAUACCUGUACGAACAAAUCAAGAAGAUCCAAGACAAGUUCGUGCUUAUCCACGUUAUGAAGUUUUCAAUCCAAAUUGUUAUUAUGGUUCAUAUUGUGAACAAAUUUGUUUUCAAAUUGAUUCUAAUCAUAAUAGUAUGUCAACAUGUGAUUGUGCUAUUGGAUAUAAAUUAAAUAGUGAUGAACGAACAUGUUCACCUAGAAGUGAACAAUAUAUUGUUUAUAGUACACAUGCAUUAUUAAGAGCAUUUGAUUAUCGAUCAAAUGAUUCAGCAAGAGAAGAUGUUAUGCCAUUAAUUCCUGGUAAUAAUAUGGAAAUGUUAACAGCUCGAUAUUCGAAUCGUGAAUUAUAUUGGAUAGAUGGAAAUCGUUUAAUUCGUCGUGCAAUUUGGACAAAUAAUCGAAUAUGGAAUAUAACAAAUUAUCUUCAAAUAAGUGUUGGAUCACAAAGAAAUUUUAUUCUUGGUCUUACACUUGAUUGGAUAGCUGGAAAUUUAUAUUUUUCUUAUGUAACAAAUUCUUAUGGUCAUUUAGAAGUUAAUCGUCUUGGUACAGAUCAUCGAUUAAUUUUACGAAAAGGAACAAAUGAAACAAUUUAUGCUAUUGUUGUUAAUCCAAAACGAAGAUUUCUUUAUUGGUGUGAUCGUGGUCAACGUGUUCGUAUUGUUCGUUCAUUACUCAAUGGUCAAAAUGUAAUAUAUCUUGUAACAACACAAAUUAUUCGACCAGAAUCAAUAACAAUUGAUUCUCUUACUGAUGAUGUUUAUUGGUCGGAUGCAAUACGUGAUACAGUUGAAGCUAUAUCAUGGGAUGGAAGAAAUCGUCGAACAGUUUCACGUAAUAUUCCAAAAGCAAUUAGUCUACUUAUUGCAAAUAAUGAUUUAUAUAUAAUGGAUCGAGCAUUUUCAUCGAUAAUGCGUAUUAAUAAAACUGUUAGUAAUAUGACACAACGUUUAGAAUCAGUAUUAACAUUAAAAACAUAUGAAGUUGGUGGUAUGACAUUAUUUGAUGAACAACCCAAUUUUGAAUCACCAUGUCAAACAUCAACAACACAACAACGUUUUUGUGAAGAUCUUUGUUUUGCUAUGCCUGAUACAAGUAUACCACAAUGUGCAUGUGCAUAUGGAACAUUAAAUAUGGAUCGACGAACUUGUGCACCACCAAAUGAAUAUUUACUUGUUGCAAUUGAAAGAGAAAUUCGUUCAAUGUCAAUGGAACCACAUGGUUCAUCAACAAGUGCACCAUGGCGUGCAAUUACAAAUUUAAGAUUAGUAGUUGGAGUUGAUUUUGAUUAUCGAGAUAGGAAAAUAUUUUAUACGGAUUAUCUUUUACAAGAUAUAUUUUCAUUUGAUAUGGAUGAUCCAAAUCCAAAUGCACGACAAUUAAUACAAACAAAUGUUACUGGUCGUUCACAACCUAUUGGUAUAGCAUAUGAUUGGGUAUCGGAUCGUUUAUAUUGGACAGAUGAACGAUAUGGAAGAAUAAUUUCGGCAAGAAAUAAUGGUUCAGAAAGAUUAGUUAUAGCUGGUAGUUCACGACCAAAAGCAAUUGUUGUUCAUCCAUGCAAAGGAUUAUUAUUUUGGUCAGAUGUUGGUUAUUAUCCAUCAAUUCGUCGUUCGACAUUAACUGGAAGACAAGUAACUUAUGUUGUUACAACUAAUAUAAAAUGGCCAAAUGGUUUAACAAUUGAUUUUGAUGAUGAUCGUAUUUAUUGGGCAGAUGCUUGGUUUGAUCGUAUUGAACGUGCAGAAUUCGA